AUGAAGUUUCUGGUUGUUGUAUCUGCAGUGCUGGCCCUAACAGCGGCCGUCCCACAAAGGCGGUUAUCGCUCAAACCCGAAGGCCAAGAUGACCAGCAAGCAGCAGAACAGAACUACAACAACUACCAACAGGGUGACUACAGACAGCAACAAGCGCAGCCACAGGAAUUCAGAAAGCCAGUCGAAGACUUCAGACCUCGUGUUCAGUUAGACACCACAACUUUCAUUCCAAUCAUCCAUUUCGACAAGGAACAAGGCACAGACGGCAGCUACAAAACCUCAUACGAAACCGGCAACAACAUCCACGCCCAAGAAGAAGGUUACCUGAAGAGCGUUUCCUCAGACAAUGAAAACAUCCCAGCUCUAGUGCAACAGGGAUCUUACUCAUACACCGCGCCAGACGGCCAAAUCAUCACCGUUGAGUACACCGCUGACGAGUUCGGAUUCAGGGUCAAGGGUGACCACAUCCCCACCCCCCCACCAGUGUCACCUGAAAUCCAAAAAGGACUCGAUCUCAUCUACGCCGGAAUCAAGGCUAACGAGGAACGCGCUGCCUUAGAAGCUAAGAACAACCCCGAGGCCGCCAAACAGCACGACGAGCAAGCAGCUUUGAACUACAGAGGCCAGUACUACCAACAAUAG